AUGAAGCUUUCUUGGCAAGUGCUCCUCGGUUCUCUCCUCACGGUUGCGCAAGCUAAAUCACAGUCUUCGAAAGUAUCUCUGUACGUCGGAUCAAUGGCUCCUCUAACUGGGCGACGUUCUUGGUGGGGUGCGGGUAUCACCACAGCGAUGCAAAUGGCGUUUGAGUUGAUAAACAACCGGUCUGAUAUUUUACCAUAUUUCGAGCUGAAACUACUAGAAAACGACACGCGGGUAAGAGUAAUAGAGUACUGAAUACGGCUACUAAGAGCAUCAACUAAAAGGUGUUUCGAUGCAGUUUUUGGAAACCAUGCCGACAAAGUUCAAUCGCUUUAAAAGUCAUUUUAUCCUUGUGCAAUCGCUAUAAAAUUUUCACUAUUGAUUGACUAUAAAUUGAAGUUUGUCAAAAUGCAGUUUUUAGUAAUAAAAAUCAAUAUCACUUUGACAAAUCUACGAAUUCAAAUCUACGCGAUCUAGGCCUGCUACUGAAAAACCGACACCAGGAACUUAAAGUGUGGUGUUUAGCUAAUAUCCUCUGUGAGAAGUAAAAUAUUCUGUAUUUUUCAAUUCAAAUAAAACAUAAAUAUAUUUUAAAACUUAUAUUUUCAAUAACAACCAUAAAAUAUUUGAUGAAAAAGUUCUAAAUAACUCAAAUUACUAUUUAAUAGCGUCCGAAUUUUGCCAUUGCUAGGAAAUUUUGGUGCAUUUUCUUUCUUGCGAUCCUGAAAACUAACCUGUUUUCUCACCACCUGUCUAAGCGCGUAUUUUAAUUAUCAGUCCUUAAAUUUAAGUUCGUCUUGAAACUUCAAGGUGUUGCAAUGAAUCAAUCUUGAUGUUUCUGUCAUUACUAUAUACAUCGUGAAGAUUAUGUGAAGCGGUUUUAAAAAAAUUCUGUCGAGCCGUUCUAGAGAUACACAGAAAAGUGCCAAAAGUUAAAAUUUAGAAUACAUAUGCACUUAGACAGGUGGUGGGAAAAUAGGUUAGUUUUCAGGAUCGCAAGAAAGAAAAUACACUAAAUUUCCUAGCAUUGAGAUAUGAUAUCAAGGAGUAAUCUGACGCUACGUAAUAGUAACUUGAGUAGUUAUUUUAAACUUUUUUAUUAAACAUAAUUGUCACGGCUUUUUGAAAACAUAAGGUUGGAAAUGUAUUCAUGUUUUAUUUGGAUUCAAACCAUUUUUUUACUUUUCACGGAGGUUGUUGCUAAACAAGACUUAAAUACCACACUUAAAGUUCCUGGUGUCGGCUUUUCAGUAGCAGGUUUAGAUCACGCAAAAUGUCGGCUUUUAUCGAUUUCAAAACUUUUUUUUCUGUUUUCAUAAUGGUAUCGUUUUUUUCCCAAAAAUCCUUCUUUGUUUUAGUUCAAUUCGUAGUCAUAGAAAGUGGUCAGUGAUAAAGAUAAUAAUGACAAUAAAUGAGGGCAUUUUGGGCUGAACUAACGGUAUCGGAAACACCGGAUUCAUUACCUAUCUUGAUUUAAAAAUCUGUGUAUGUGUUUUAAUUUAAAAGUUCAUCUGAUAUUUUGCACCAAUGUCGAUCUCACCAUUUCUUUAAAUACCAGAGGUUGCGCCAAAUUGUAUUUUCAAUAUCAUGAGAUCCUCGGUAACUGCAUGUUUCCGCCGAAAGAACUAACAUGAGGAUACAAAAAUACUUUCCAAAUAUGUCAGUUUACGGAUUAGAAAAUAGAUGCUUUGAAAUUCGAAAAGUGGGCUAUUUUUUGGUAAGAAAGAAUGGUUUGUUUGAAUGAAGAUUUUCAUGAAUUUAUUCAGUUAAUUUAUCUUCAGUUUCAGGUUGUUUUGGGUAUUAAGUUCUUCAUUGGAUAACCAAUAUCCGUGCACAAGUAAUACUUGAACGAUGAAACUUCUUCAAGGCAUACAUUUAUCAGUAUAUAGAUAAAAAUUUACAAGUCAGUCCACCUAAAAUCAGCCGGAGGAGUCUCAAAAUAAUUAUGCAUAACACAUGGCCAGAAAUUUGGAACCCAACAGUGAGACUGUUCCGUGAAGUCCUACGAAACAGAACGCGGCCAACCAUUUAGCGAGUGGAUAAUGAUGUAAUAAGUCAACUUGCGGUCCGCCCCUAGUCGUUCCAAAUUUCUGGCCAUGCAUGCGGUAACUAUUGUGUUAUCGGUUAAACAAUAACGUAAAUCGGACGUAACUUGUAUUCAGUUCUUUCUUCUUCGUCUCUAAAAGGGAGAGACUGGUCUCGGGAACAAAAUCCUUUAUGAUUAUAUCUCCAAACAAAGACCAUCACUGAUUUUAGGACCUGGAAGGUCAAAUGUUGCACUCUCUGUAGCAGACACUGCAAAAUACUGGAAAAUUAUUCAGGUUAGUUAUCAUUUUCUUAGUAUAGUGAUGCUUUUCAAACCAAGGGGCUAACAAUGUGACAUAUCACGUCUUAUUUUAACCCAAAAGGUAGAUUUGAGANCAAAGACCAUCACUGAUUUUAGGACCUGGAAGGUCAAAUGUUGCACUCUCUGUAGCAGACACUGCAAAAUACUGGAAAAUUAUUCAGGUUAGUUAUCAUUUUCUUAGUAUAGUGAUGCUUUUCAAACCAAGGGGCUAACAAUGUGACAUAUCACGUCUUAUUUUAACCCAAAAGGUAGAUUUGAGAAGCUGAACUCGUGUCCAAAACAAUAACGACUUUUCCUAGCUGGAAACAUUUAAUUUUUCAUCAAAUGCUACUACCAAUAACAAACUUAGAACUUGAAAUGGAAAUAAAAUACUCGCUCGUCAAUAGGUGUGGAGUUUUCAAAAUCUUAUUAAUUUCUUGAGGCGACGAAAUCCAAGAUGGCAUAGUCAAUACGACGGACAUUUAAGAAACGGUCCAGAUAAGAACGAUAGCAACAACGGCAACGACAUGUUGGAAUGCAAAAAAGGUGCUAUUUUUUCUGUUGCCUGUACUUACUUCUGAUUGGCUUAAACAGCAAAAAUUAUCAAAACUUCAUAAAGCUAUACAUAUAUUUAUCCUUACUUCCCAACCAUCUUACACAUAACAAAAUCUGGUCUCAGUUUGAUUAACAACGAAUUCCUAUGUGAGGAAAAUGUAAAAUUGUAAACUUUUCUUGGCUAUUGCUUUCAACUCUUGUGAUUGGUCAAAAUCUUUUAACAUAAAAAAAUGUUCUUUCAAAGUGGAGUGUAAAUGCAUUCUAUUGCGUAAACGGCCUUCAUGUAGGUUUAUGCAUUCUCUGUGUAAAAAUGAGAACAUUUCUAUGUCCUUACCCGGAUCAUUAAUUAAAUAAUGAUGGAAUCCGUAGAUAAUAUGACGCCAUUACGUCACGUCACGUCACGGCCGGCUUAACGUUUGGUAUUCUAAAUUCCAACUCUAGUAUGACAAUAUAGUGGUCUUUCUUUAAAAGCCGUCUCUGACCAUUGACUGAGAGUGAUAAUGCAACUCAGCUCUCUCUCUUUUUUUUGCCUAGAUAUCUGCUUCUGCAGAGAGUGGUGACCUUUCUAAUUCAAAUAAAUAUCCUUAUUUCUUUCGUACAAUUGGUUCAAUUUCUGCAUCGAAAUCAGCGUUUGUGGCUCUUGCAAAGAUAUUCCAUUGGAAGAGAGUGUCAAUAUUAUUUUUCAGCAGGGAUAUGUAUGUGAAGGUAUGAAAUACAGUUUUUAUCACAUCACCUUUAUGCGAUUGCAAGCAGUUUCAAAUUCAGGUUUUAUUCUUUCUGUGUUGAUAUUAACAUCAUUCUUUACAUUUAUUUUUUUACCGUUGAUGUUCCUUCUAAUUCCUUUCAACUAUCAAAUCAUGGAUCUCAUCUAAGCCUUUUUUUUUCCCGUCUAUAGAUAUUUGCAGUCGUGACUAAUACAUUUUAAACUGUUAGAAUGUUCAUACAUUUCAUUUCUUUCAAAAUCUAAGGCUGCAUCUGAUUUAAAAGACCAAUGUGAGCAAAACAAUAUCUCUGUGAUGUCUUAUGGGAGCUAUGCAGAUACAAACGAUGCAGAGAACCAGCUUGAGCACAUCAAGGUGAUCACGAACGAUGAUUUCAGCUGCGUUAUCCAAUAGUUUCAGUUUUGGAAUUAAGGAGAGCAAGACACAUACGUUUCCUUAAGUAUCAAUCUUUCCACCCUCAAAUGGCUGUUUAACUAGUCGUCAUAAGGAUAGCUUUGGUAGAGCAAGAUAAACAAAUUUGCUAAGGCGAAUGCACUACAAGAAAUGUGACAUUAUGAAGGAUGGUUUAACGGAAAAAUAAGACGACAGUAACAGUCCCAACAUGGGUGAAGAAAGGGGAAGCCGAAAGUCUUGAGCGCUUCGAAAGUAGAGAAUAGGAAUCUUAAAAGGGAGGAUAAAUCACAUACAGCAAUGGAUUUUAAGCAGCGACGUUUUUAAGGGAUGCACAAAAAACGGAAGCGAGCCAUUUUCUCCUUUACAUGCCUUGACGCUGCCAAGUUUGUACUGCGGAGUGUCUUUACUCUUAAAAAGACGAUUUGCCAAAAACUUGUUCAAAAUCACGGCUCUAGAGUGCAAAAAGUCCACUCCCGGUUGAUGUGCGUCGCUCAUAAACAUCGCUGGUUAGACUCCCUAUUGAACCGCUUUCAACUAUCACGGAUUAUGAAAUACAAACACGGAUUGGCAAACACUAGUUCAUUUUAACAUGUGUGAAUGUAAGUGCGGCAAAGCGCAAAGGUUUUUAUCAAGACUGAGGAUGAGCUCUCUCUUGAUUUCACUUAAACUAAGUGUCCGGUGUUGCAUAUAAAUGUAUUUGUUUUGCUUUGAAAGUUUCCGAUUUCAGCAACGUGAAAGAAGCCUAUUAGAGGGACAUGAUUUUAACUAAUAUUUGUUUCCUAACUUGUUUAUAACGUAUGUUUUCCUUUUUACAGGAUAUUGAUGCGAGGAUUAUAUUCGCCUUUUUACAGAAGACAACGAGUGUGAUGUGUUUGGUAAUAAGCAAAGGGCACAAAAGCGCAUAACUCUAAAACUCACGAUAAUAGAGAGGUUUAGCACCACGUACUUUCACACACCAAAUGGCAAAUCGCAAACGCUACUUACUACGUACUAUUUGCUUCCCAAAUGAAAUGGAAACUGGGCGUAAUGCCAUCCAUCCAGCGAAAGCGGAUAUUAACCACAGUCUAUAAUCUAAGUCAAUUCCAUCAAUGUUUCGUGAGCGACAUGAAAUAGAACAAAGUGAAGUUGAAGCAUACAAUCCUUAAUGUAUUUCACAACCAACAAAAAGAAAAACAAAUCAUUUAUAUAUAGAUUUUCCCCCACGCCCCACGUUUUUAAUGGACGUGAAAAUCUUAAACGGCAGGCGGGAGUGAAAAACAUUGAGAGGUCACAACAGUCUCAGUUAUCAGUUCCAACAUGUAACAGUGCUGUUUUUCCGUGGUCUCUCUUUUAAAAGGUUUACAAGCACAAGUUGUAUGGUAAUAAGUACGGCUGGGUAGUCCACACUCCCGACGCGCCUGGAUGGUGGACAAGAACAUACUCUUUUCUUGACUGCACAGCUAGCCAGGUUAACGACGCAGCCGCAUAUACAAUUCAUAUUGACCAUCUUUAUUUAAGCAAGUCCAAAGAUCCAACUAUAUCUGGAUUGGUGAGUACGAUACAUACAGGCGGGCUGCAUUGUUUUGUUAAUAGACGGUAUGCACGGUACCUGCCAAUUUUGCUCCCGCUUUUCAGGGGGCCAACAAGUGAUAAAAUGUGCCAAUACCAGUAAUUAUUACGUAAUUUAUUGCUUGCCGUCACGGCAUCUUAUGUCGCUACCGUAACCAACAUGGUCCUUAGUUUCUGUUGUUUUGAGAAUAUAAUAAUGAUAUUGAUAUUGAUAAUGAUCAUGAUCAUGAUACUGUUAAAUACUGGAAGGAAAAAGCCAUACAUGGAGAGUUUGCUCGGCAGACGUCAGAUGCAGCUAGAGAGGUGUCCUGGAGAUGCUCAAGAAUGUCUUUGUUGUUGUUGUUGUUUGUUUUGUUUUUUAAGAAGGGAACAUAGGGCUCGAUCGUCGCUGCUCGCUGCUCUAGAACAAGCUUUGAGAAAAAAUUCGGUCAAGCACAGCAUAGAUAUAAUAUAAGACAUUUGAGACACCAGUGUACAGAUUGUGUGUUGACUCCACUACCACUACCACCACUACCACUACCACUACCACUACCGCUACCGCUACCACUCCACUACCACUACUACUACUACUACCACCACCACCACCACCACCACCACUACUACUACUACUACUACUACUACUACUACUACUACUACUACUACUACUACUACUACUACUACUACUACUACUACUACUACUACUACUACUACUACUACUACUACUACUACUACUACUACUACCAAUUAUUAUACACUAGAAUACGAUUUAUUGUAUCAGCAGAUUUUGCCACUUGUUUUCCCUGAGAAGUCACGUGACUUCGCUUUCAUCCCUUCAGUCUUUAAGCGAAUGCAUCGUGAAUAAGGUCUAUUAACUCGCGAAGGAACCCUGCAGGCUUAACGAGAAUGUUUCAAAGCUCAAGAUAAUAUAGGUAGUUUUAACUAUUUCAUGUUUGGGAUUUGAAAUGCCUUACCCCUUUACACUGUAUAUAACCAGGUAUGUCCCGGAUGCUAAAAAUGACGAUUUUAAAGCUGGAUUGUUGCUGCGAUCAACACCUUAAAGUGAACUUUACGCUUUUCUAAUGAGGUUAUCAUUUUUGUCGCAGCUAUAGGUAAACUAGGCAGUUCACCGUUCUGUCUGGUUGAAAUUAAAUUUCUUUAAUUGUAAACAGUCGAUCCAAAAAGUCAGUAAUAGAGCGUGAUGUUUAUUGUAUACCUCAAAUCAUUAUCAUUAUAUCUUUUUUUAUUCAACAGACUCCACGACAGUUUUCAGAUAACUAUGAAGCAUUUUCAAAACGUAAGAACACUCCAGUUUCCCACUAUGGACCUUUUGGCUUUGAUGCUGCGUGGCUGGUGGCACUUGCAAUGAAUAGGUCGAACGGUGAAUCGUCAAAUGUUCAACUACUGGACAUAAAAACAGAUUAUUCGUCACCAGACAUGAUCAAGAAUAGCCUGCUGAAAACGAACUUUAAAGGCGUAACGGUUAGCAUUUUUUAACUGAAAUAAGGUUUUUCUAAAUAGCUAUCUCACCUUUCGCAGAUGAGUUUAAUGAACGUUCCUAAAUAGAGCAAGUGGUCCGGUUGCCUUAGAGAUCUAUUGACAACUCAAAUGCGCAAGAAUACUUAAUUAGUAAAGAAAGUCGAAGAGUUUGUUGAGAAAUUUACAUGACCUGGGACCUAGUAUACUACUUACGAAUUACUAGCUUGUGAUACUCUAAAAGUAUGAUGUGUAAAUUUCUGACUUCUUUCUUUUGAAUUUGAGGUGUAAUGUUUUUACAGGGCGAAGUUCAACUUCAAAACAAUGGAGACCGAACUGGAAUGUUUGAAGUCUUUCAAAUACGAGGUAAGCUUCGGCCUGACAUUGUUUUCCUUCCUUUUCCUACAAAUACAACAAAUUGAAACAAUGUUGAUGCUCAAGUAUACUGCAUACGUCAACCAGGUAUAAAGAGGCUAAGGAAAUGAUAAUUAAUUUCGAAUAGAUUCUUAUAUGUUGCCGUGCGUUAGUUCAGUAGUAGGUUGUUGAUGACGUCAAAACGUAGACUACGAGUAGUCCCCCAUUUUUCCUCAGGGAUAGUAGGGCGAGCGAAACGCAAGCGCGCGUGAAAAUCACCCCACGCGAGAAAAGGCGACACGCGGCGCAUUUUUCUCUCUCCCCGCCGCGUGUCGCCUUUUCUCGCGUGGGGUGAUUUUCACGCGCGCUCGCGUUUCGCUCGCCCUACUAUCCCUGAGGAAAAAUGGGGGACUACUCGUAGUCUAGUCAAAACGUGGUAAGGAUAGGAAAAUGGCACACGAGCCACGAGCCGCAGGCAAAUGGGUCAACGACUCAUCACAACGCACGUAAUAUUCACUUCAUUGUAUAAUGGAUUAUGCUUUUCACAUUUGUGUGUAGGAAAGGAUCUUGAAGUCAUCGCCCUUUUUGAUACUUUAAACGCAGACAAUCUUACUUACUACGGUAACAUGAAGUUCAAAUGGAGAGGUAAAUACCCAAAACAACGGAAAAUUCGAAAGAUCUUUCUGAUAUUUAAAACAUUUUAAAACAAUUUUUUUUCAGACUAAAUCAAUUCAUGCAUCCACCAUCCCUUCGUAAGGAGUAAGGGAAAAGGAGGGAUUGUCUCAGCUGAAUAGUACAAUAGCCAUGAAGUUUAAUUUCUAUACUUCUGUCUGUUUUGUCCUCAUGAUCGCACUAAGAAAGCCAUGUUCAUUGAGAUUACAAAUUAACAUAAUAAAAUGCAAAAAAUCUAAAAAAACAACAUCUUUUUAUCAGAUAAAAAAAUAACAAUAAACAAAGUGAAAACAAAUUUUAAUAGCAUAAGAAAAAGCCUUCUUUAAGAAUUUCCCAAUUGCUUUUCUGGGUGACGGGGGGAAUUAUUUGAUAUAUGUUUUUGAACUUUCGGCUUAAGUUUAAUUCUUCUUACUUUUUUUCUCCGCUGUACACAGAUGGCAGGUCACCAAGGGAUCAUAUCAUAUACAAGGCUAAAUUAAUCCAGCUGUCACGGGGAAAUUUUAUCGUGAUAUGCGUCUUAGCCAGCUUGGGAAUUAUCCUUUGUUUCGGGUUUUUACAUUUUAAUAUUGUGAACAGAACAAAAAGGUGAGGCAACAAAGGAAAUAGCUAAAAUUAACUAAAAACAUUUUACUUCAAUUACCUGUGAAGCUUAAAAUGCAGAAGAUCUACUAACUGGUGACCAAGUAAAGAACUUCCAUAUUUGAGCCACGAGAAGUUUUAACAAGAACAUGUAGGACAGUACCAACGGCAUCCUAAUUGCUUGCUGUUUUUUGUUUGUUUGUUUUCCUUUUUCUAUGCUUGUGGUGAAUUUCAGUUGAUGGUCAUCGAUUUUUAAGUUAGUGAAAAUAGUAUUUGCAGUCAGUCUGCGGAUUCGAUGUACUGCAAAAAUAAGAUUUUGAUCUUUGGCGGGAUUCCGAGUUGCUAAAGCUGAAGUCUGCAUUCUAAAACCCGGUUUCCGGAUUUCACACACACCUGUCUAAGACAGACUGAUUCAAUGCCUCUCCUGCAGGAGUCGGUCUUAGAAAGGAGUAGUAAUCUGUAUUUGAUUUCCUUGUUAGACAUUACAUCACCGAGUCUGCACACUAUCACUCUAACGAAGCGAGAGCACAUGAAAGUUUUAUACCAGCAUCGUAUUCUCAAGCCUUCCGUUGUUCUCGUUCCCAUUUCAUUUUACACUUUUAUUUCAGGUGCAUUAAAAUGUCAAGUCCUAACAUCAAUAACGCAAUCAUUGUGGGUUGUUUUCUGGCAUAUUGUUCGGCCAUUCUCUUUGCUGUUGAUGGCGACAAACUUACCAAUCUCAUUUGCAAGGUAUCUUGCUAACGACUAUAACUUCUUAUCGAUUAAACGAUAUACAUUGCAACACAACUAAGUCAACUAAACAGUCAGUGAAAUCAAUGUUUGUUUUUUUUAGGGAAUAAGCAUGGAUCGAUCGAUGUACGGUUUCUUCUUAUUACGAGUAGCAACGUUAAGGGACAGAAUAAGCCUCAUCUGAAGUUAACCAAAAAGAUAUGAAAAAACGCAGGCUGAGGUCAUAUCUUGAACCAUCACCAGUAUAACAAGAUUGUGUAUCUUUCGCUCUUUGCUAAACGCUUGAUAUGCCCUAGAGGUUGAAGUUUACAACAUGAAAUUAAAAAUAAAUGAAAAUAAAAGUAAGCGGGCUAACGGACAAACAAUCAUCUGUUCAUUAACAUACUUCAUCGAUAGCAAAGAGACUGUUUUCUCACCGGUGGUCUUCAGCGCUAUGGAAAUUUCUUGGAACAAAAUAAGGUUCUUACAGAGAGGAGAGUUCAAACCCUACAGGAUUUUCUGGGUGCACCAACAUGCUCACCAUUUCAUUGUUUGUUUCAUGGCUGUCGUGACGUCAUGCCGUAAAAGUAAUAGAACAUUUUUCACUCAAUAAAUCAGCAGCUAAGCAAACUUAUUAACACAAAGUUUUCUUUUUACAUAAGAGGAAGGACUGGUCUGGAACAUCAACUUGGCGGGGUACUUAUUUUCAGUUAACCUGCAAACUUUUGAAAAAAAACAAAAAACAAGAACAAAUUUUAUCUUUUCAGGCAAGAGUCAUAACCUUGGAUAUAGGUUUUACAGUCGCAUUUGGGUCCUUGUUCUCAAAGACAUGGCGUGUUCACAGAAUUACAAGGAAAAUCAAAGUUCGAAGACGGGUAAAUAUUUGCCCCUGUUCAUUUUAAAAGCUUUAUAUAGUUUAAGAAAGUUUCCUUUAGGACUGUUAUUAUAGGCACUUACUUUAGGAACUCCCAUGUAAAAGUGACGGAGAUGCUCUUCGUCUCGCUUUGGGGUGUAAAUAGCAGAUUUUGCUCUCAUUUAAAGUGUUUGAGAUGGCAAGUUACUAUUUUUGCCCAUUCAGGUAUCGCAUAGUACUGUGCAUAAAGAAAUUUACAAAAAUGCCCAGACCACACAAAAAUCUUCCUUAGGGGUCAGUUUAAGCUUGAGCCACACCCACAUUGGUCUCCCUUAGGGGUUAAAUUUCAAUUUUCCGACGAGCAUCCCCGUCACUUUUAUAUAGGAGCCCCCGCCUUUCCCUUCCCCUCCCCCUCCCAAGGUAUUAAUAUUUUUGCGGGGCGGAGAAUACAACCGGUGACACAUAUAUAGUAAAAGGUUGAGUUUUUGAUGCUGUCAUUUCGCGUUACUUUGUCUGCUUUUUCGUCGUUGUUAAUCUUCAAUCCGUACCUUCUUAAACCUGCAAGGAGAACCAACGAGGUCUUUUGGUUAAUUCAGAUUAAUUUCACCGCAAUAUAUAAUUUUUCAUACAGGUGAUAAAAGACAUCCAUUUGUUUGGUAUGAUCUUCGUCUUUCUGUUUGUCGAUAUCGUACUUAUAAGCGUCUGGACAAUAAUGGAUCCCUUACGGAAAGACGAGAUGUUUCUUAUAGACAAGGUACUUUUGUUUAUAUAUGACAAUGUUAAUUUUUAUCUGUAUAUAAAGUUGAACAUAAAUCGAACUGUGGGUGAAUUGUGUUGCAUAUAAUAAACUGGAUGUCACUAAAUUUUGGAAAAACAAACAAACAAGGCAACAGAGAAAAAAUGCAAAGCCAAACAAUGAAGUCACGCUGCACUAAGAUCAAAACCUAGGUUAAUGGUACAUCUUGAAAAGCACGACUAGAGACCUCGCUUUGUUAGAAAACAGCGAACAAUAACAAUCAAAUGACGUUGCUCUCCAAAUAGGAGAGGCGCGUUGAAAAAAGAGAUACAGUGGAAAAAACAAACAGACAGUACAUGAUUUUAUGUAAUAGUUAUAAAAUUAAACUACGAAAUCAAGGAAUAUGUUCCAGUUGACGUAAAUGUCGGUUGCUGAAGCUCAGAAAGCUAAUUUUCUACGUGGGGAAUAAAGGGCGACAUAUAGAGCAAGACUUCUAAUCAAACUUACUAACGACAUAAAUUUACUAUUUAAAAGCAAUUCAUUCACUUUGUAGGCAGAGGAACUCCAUGCGGAUGUAAUUUACAGACCUGUUGUUUCUCAUUGCACGACAAACAAACCGUUCGUUUGGCUUUUGGUGGUGUAUGGUUUUAAGGGCAUUCUUCUCAUAUUUGGCCUAUUUCUUGCUUGGGAAACUCGCAAAGUCAAAAUAGUCACUCUCAAUGAUUCUCACUACAUUGGCAAGUACAAGUUAUAGUGAUAGGUAUUCAUUCAUGGGUACGCCGUGAGAAAAAGAUUUAAAAAAAAGAAACCCAUGCCAAAAAUUAAGUUUGAGUGGAAAUUAGUGGGGAAAUAUAAGCAUCUUUUUGCUCUGAUAACUCCAUUCGAAACUUUAAUAGACUCGGAUCGAAACUUAAACAAUCCAGGACCAAUUAUUUCACAAGGAUUUCUAUGGAGUCAUUGAAGCAUAACAAUGCAUAUAUUUCCCUGCAAAUUUCCACUAAAAGAUUGAUUUUUAGUUCGUAAACAUUUUCCUUGUUCUUUCUGGAUAUGCCAGUCUAUCCCCUUAUUUCACAAAUUUAGUUCUUGUGACGUCAUUACUUCUCUCUAUUAUAGUUUGAAUUCACAAAACUUAAUUGUUAAAGGUAUCCAUCAUGCGCAUGUUACCUCGGCAAUUCGUAUGAUAAUCGACUACUUGAAGCCCACAUUUGAUUUCCACAGUGCUUAAAAUACGUAUUAUUUUUUUAACAGGUAUGGCUGUGUACAAUGUCUUCAUUGUCUGUGCGAUAGGCGUUCCAGUUGCCCUAUUUGGCCAUAGAAGUCAUCAGUAUGAAUUUUGCUUCUACGUCAUAACCAGCUGCAUUGUAUUUUGCACAACUUUGACCUUGUGCCUUGUUUUCGUUCCAAAGGUGCGCUUUAAACUAGAGUGCCAGUUACAUGUACUUGAGAGCCAGUUAUUUGUACUCAAGAAAAUGCAGCUAAAAUUCAUUUUUUUCAAAAUUUCAAGCAAAGAAAACAAAUACACAAGAAAAUAAGUAUAAGUUCAGCCUUACAGGAGUGCUAUAAAUGUUCAUUUUGAUGCCUUCCAUGGAUGCCUGUUAGUGAUGCCCUUGUCAUUCGUGUAAAAUUUUCUCAAUAGCGUAAACAUUCUGAAUUAAUAUUAGAGGCUGUUAAUCUUUUAUCGUUUUAUUUUAUUUAAAAUUCUGUUGUUUUUAUUUUUUUCGCAGAUGAGAACGUUGAAGAAAAGAAACAGCGAAGAAGUAUGUGGCAGAUUCCCAACCAAUGACAUGAUACGCGGGAAUGAGGAGCUUGGUGUCCACCUAGAGGGCCUUCCCAACAUUGAACUUCAAGAAGAGGUUAAACGGCUUAAAAGUCUGUUAGAAGAGGUAAAA